GAGGUAUAGAUAGCACUUUACUGAUCGAUGCUUAAUCAUGUCAAUCGUUCAUUUUUGCUAUGAUGCAUUGACCUUUCUAGUGACCCUGACCAUCUUCAAACAUGUGGCCUCCAGAGUUCCGUGAACAUCAGCCUGAUGAUCACGACGUCGAACAGAAUGAAACAACUCCAUGGUUACAGCAUACCGGUUGGCCUCGCUUGUUUCACAACCGACCGCUUGGCAUCAUCGCGGCCACCGCAAAAAAGCCCAAAUCAGCAUGGAACGAAGACUAUCUAUUAGGUCAAUGGAACGAUACAGCGCUCCGGAGUCUAGCUGCUGUGGAAGCCCAGCUACGAAUCAUACUCCGUGGUGUUGACCUCAUGGUAGAUCGAGCCACGUUCACGCUAGCCCAGACUUCAUACCGAUCUCGAUGCUGGUUGAAUACAUACUGGAAAGAUAACUUUUGACCCCACGAGUUUAAAAUUGUGAAGUGCUUGAAA